AUGUGUGGGCAAGGUAAUAACCAGCUGGUAUCUUCGUCCUCCUCCCAGCGGAACAAUGCCGCCAAGGAAGAUUCAAAAUUAGCGAAAAGCUUGUCCAAACCGCCAGAUGGGAGCGCAUUCGAUAUCUCGAUGGCCCAUCAGAUCCACUAUGCUUGCUUCGGUAACGUCGAUGUCAAGUCAUACAUUGACGCGCGAACGUAUGGAGUCAGCUUUCGACGUCUGCACGAUGAAUGGGUGGUAUUGGGGAUGCCUCGCAUCCACACGAGCCAUUGGCCACAGAUGGUCGGGCAUCGUGGCCUUCCGACUUCUCCGGAAGACUUUGUCAAUGUGGCCGAGUACUACGAACGGAAGCUGCUCGAACAGGUGCUGCUCGAAGCGCAGGGUAAGUCAGCCAACCGCAAUCGACCGCUGGACGAGUUUCUCGUCUCGAUGGUCGCCACUGCCGCCGUCGCCACCGCCGACUUUGUCAUCCACCGCCUUGUUCGAGACCAGCCGUCCGUGGAGGAAUCGGCAGUCCAGCACAUGUGGUACCAGAGCUUCACUGCAUUCCUGCGAGACUCGACCCUCUUCUAUGUCAACGAGAGGAGGGUCUGCGAUCGUCUCGGAGCGCACAACUGCGUCUUUCCACUUGUCCUUGGACAGGCGCAUUCCAUGUCAAUGCCGCAACUGUUCGAAAGCCUUGAUUACCAGGUGCAGAUCUUCAAAAACCUCUUCCCCAACUUUGGUGACCACAUUAAUCGCUGCGCUGCUGCUCGACCACAACAACCGUGGCCACCUUCUAUCGUCGUCACGGAUUUGCAGACAGGAAGCAUGGAAGCCGCAUCGAGUCAAACUUCACGCCAACACGAUAAAGCGAGGGAGCACUCAUCGCACUCCUCAAGCAACGAGCCAAAUUCGUCCACACCAACACGCACGACUCUGAUCGAUGGAACAAUAGAUACUGAUACUACGCAGCAGCAAGAGCCGGGACGGAGCAGGCCCCUCAUGGUAGCUGUUGUCCCCACAGAGCUCGAACGGCGCAACGAUCUCUUUGUCGCUAGCAUCGAUCCUGCAAUUCGGUGCGAUGUGCCUCUUGAGAGGGUAAUAAACCUUAUCGACACGCACCUUCAGAUCUCGGCGUCGACAUCGGCCUCUUCAGCGUCCACACCCGCCUCGAUCGCGACCGCUACGCCAGGUUGUUCUGCUCCGAUGAGCACUGGCCUCUCGUCAGGCGCAUCGGUGCCGUCUUCGGAAUCAGGGUGGCAAACACGGAGGGGCACGCAAUCCAGCGAAAUACCCAAAGAAAGUGGUGAUACAGACAUUGACUCGGCGAGCUUGACCCUAGCCCCACCGGUACAGUCGAAUACCUGGUGGUCGAGAGGUGUUCCUGGUCGCUCCGCGUCCGAGGAGGGCACCAUGAUGACGCCCAAUGAAGCACUACCCACACACCCAGGACGGGCUCACAGCAAUUCGGCAGUGUCGUAUUUCAGCUCACUCCCUUCCACGCCCACUGCAGUCUUUCCUCCUGGCUCGCUCAUGUCGCCUCAAGACGGCACUCAUACGUAUCUGGAUCAGGGCAUGUAUGGGUCGCGGGCCGGUGUACUACCAAUGACGUCGACGUUGGACGCGGAUUCGCGCAAGCGUACGCGUGCCGAGCAGAACCGCGACAAGAUGAAGGCGUACCACCGGAGAGUGAUGCAACAGCGCGAGGCUCUCACCGGCGUGCUGGCGGAUAUGGCAGUGCACGUUGGCUCUGUACAGAUGACUGUGUUGCAAUUGGAUGGAAACGACACUCAAGCGUCUGCGGGUAGGAUCGAAGGUUCCAGUGAAGCCUCGGCAUCAGGUUCGACAAGCCGCGGCACGCAAGAGCCUAACUGGUCAGUCUCUCUGCGCAACAAGCAGAAGCAAGAGUCGAAAGCGAGGCUUCGAAAACGCGAGAUCGAUCAGGUACGUGAACUGGAGCAGUACGCCAGCUUUGCGUCAGGCACGCUCUCGCGUUCAUCCAGAUCGACGGGCGGUGAUCAGGGAAACUCGGCGACGGCGUGGCAACAGCUGCAAGGACAUCAAGUGUCGGAUUCCGAUAUGAACACCACGCACGCUAUCCUGCGUGUUUUCUUGCGACAUCGCCCAAAUUGGGUUGCGCUCAUCUCCGCGGAACAGAGACUGGCAAGUGAAGUUGCAAAGCUCUGGCCUACGGUGGACGAAGGAAGGAUGCUCCGGGGAGCAGAAGGAGAAGCAGUACCUGGCGAUGGACCAGAUUCGGACAAGGGCAUCAAAGCAUUGCUAGACCGAAUUCAGAUGGAAGACAGGAAAGGGACGCUAGCAGUAUCCGCGGCAGAAACGACAUCGAUGGUUUACGAUCCUCAUAGCCAUACGCCGCGAGGAAGUGCCGGGAGCAGUGGAGCGAGCUCCUUCAUGGCGACUGCUGUGGCCGGCAGAGCGCGGGCAACGACACUGCAGCCAUUCCAGGGACAAAGUGGCCAUAGUCAGACAGCGUUCAUGCACACAACGCCGGUUGUGAUGUCUCCCGGACUGUCGGACUAUAGCUCGGCGGUGUCGCCCUCUGGAGUAACGCGUCCUGCCGGUGCCGACGAGAGCGGCGAUUAUUUCACCCAGGAAAGAAGGCGAUACCAGGGACGCUACUCGGACGGCAGCGAAGCAGGUACUCCUCUGGCUAUGUCGGGAUCGACUGCAUACAACCCGGCCGAGCAAGCGAGUACAGCAUACGCCACACGCAUGCCUUCGUCGGGGAUGUAUCGCGCCUCAGCGUCUGGUUCCGUCGUGCUCCCUCCGAGCGUGCUAUCCCCGAGCACCAGCAGCUACAGCUACACUGCUUCGUACGCCGCAGGAGAUGGGCCGCAUCAAUACGACAGACACGCUCAGACACAGAUGAGCGGCACGUCACCAGGACAGCCACUGCCCCCUGGAGAGAAUGCGCAACUACGCAUGUCGACACACUACACCCCAGCGGGGGGCUACGUGCCGUCCAUGAUGCAGGGAGUGCCAACGGCGCGAAUGGAGCAAGGGACGGGGCUGUACCAUUCGCAGUCUCUGCAGGCGCCCUCGAUAGUGUACCCGUCUACUCGCGGAGGCUUACCAACAUCGCACGGCUUGCAGGCGGCCGGAUCAGCGCCGAUGCUGCAACAGCAACAAUAUCGGUCGAGUCAGCCGCCCUCACCGCAGUAUCCCCCGACGAGCGGCCAACAGAGUCCGUAUAGCGGGAAUUAUGAUGGUGUUGGUGAUGGUGGUCGGUGA